AUGAUGACCAUUGCCUCCGCUUCCGUCUCCUCCCGCGUCUCCGUGCGCCUCCCCGCGCGCUCCGCGCGUGUGGCCACCGCGCGCUCCACGCGCGCCGCCGUCGUCCGCGUCUCCGCGGACGCGGAGGAAUCCAAAGGCUGGAAGUCCGUGAACGUCACGAAGCCGAACCUCGUGAACAACCUCGACGGCACGACGACGAGGAACAUCGACGGCAAGGUGUACACCGUGUCAUGCGUCGGCGACGAGGUCACCGUGAAGGACAAGUUCGGGCAGAUGUACCCCGCGCGCGUGAACAAGGCGUCCAUCAUCGAGGCCGAUCUCUCCAACUCCGUCGCCGGCGCCGCGAGCACGUCCAUCGCCGGGUUCAACCUCGCGCUCACGCCGGACAUGGUGACCGGGAUGCAGACGAGGACGGAGAUCAUCAACGGUCGCGCCGCGAUGGUCGGCAUCGUCGCCGCCCUCGGCGCGGAGCUCACCGGGCACUCGGUGCGCGACCAGGUCUUCAGCCCCGGCGGGUUCUUCUCGCUCCUUCUCAUCGCCGCGCUCACGGUGGCGGCGUCGUGUGCGCCCGCGGCGCUGAAUAAGGUGACGAUCGACGAGUGCUUCCCGGACGAGAACGCGGCGUACCCGGACGAGCUCCUGCCGACGACGUGGACGCCGAUCGCGGAGAAGCUCAACGGUCGCGUCGCGAUGGUCGCGUUCGCGUUCAUGCUCCUGUUCGGGCAGUGA